AAUACUGCAAUUCGGUCCGUGAAAACGCAGCGCCAAGGGAUAAUCGAAAAUGCCUUCCCGAGAGAUCGAAGCCGUGGGCAAUGGUGAAAGUGUCGUUAUAGCGGGAAUUUCGGGCCGUUUUCCGCAAUCGGAUAAUGUGACUGAAUUUGCGGACAAUUUGUAUGCAAAGCGGGAUUUGGUGGAUGACCGGGAGUUGCGUUAUCGGCAUACGGUGCAGAAUAUGCCCCGCAGAACGGGAAAAAUUAAUGACAUCGAUAAGUUUGAUUGUGAGUUUUUCGGAAUUAAUCGACAACAACGGGACACUAUGGAUCCUCAGAUGAGAAAGCUACUGGAGCACGCGUGGGAAGCGAUUCUUGAUGCUGGAAUUAAUCCACAGUCCGUGCGGGGGUCUCGAACCGGAGUUUACUGUGGGAUAUGCUUCUCGGAAACGGAGGCUCGGAUGUUUUAUGGAGUACGGCCGCAGGAGGGUUUGGCUGUUUUGGGAACAGUCAAGUCGCAGUUAGCGAAUCGGAUUUCGUACAUGCUGGAUCUGAGGGGUCCCACGUUUGUUGUGGAUACGGCCUGCAGCAGCUCGAUGUAUGCCAUGGACCUAGCUUACCGGGCCAUAAUGAACGGAGAGUGUGACUCGGCCAUCGUUGCGGGGUCCAACCUAACUCUUCAUCCCUACAUCACCUACCAGUUUGCGCUGCUCGGAGUGAUGGCUAAGGACGAUUACUGUCGACCUUUCGACAAACAAGCCAAUGGAUACUCUCGGGCGGAGGCGAUUUGUGUAGUGUAUCUACAGAAAGCGAAACACGCGAAACGUAUUUAUAGUUAUGUCGUCCAUUCGAAAACGAACUGUGAUGGUUUCAAGCCCGAGGGUAUUACUUAUCCUUCAGGAGCCAUUCAGCAGCAGCUGUUGAAGGAGUUCUACGAAGAUAUUGGGAUCAAUCCGACCGAGGUUAACUACGUGGAAGCUCACAGCACCGGAACAGUUGUAGGAGAUCCCGAGGAGUGCGACGCCCUGGAUAAGGUGUAUUGUCUUCGACGUGAUGGACCCUUGGACGUUGGAUCGGUGAAGUCUAGUAUUGGACAUACAGAAGCAGCAGCAGGUGUGUGUUCCAUUGCUAAGUGCAUCAUUGCGAUGGAAAAGGGGUUGAUUCCUCCAAACAUAAACUUCACCGAAAACAAACCUAGCAUUCCGUCGCUGGUUGAAGGUCGAUUGAAGGUUGUAAGCGAGAUAACUUCAUUGAAGGGCCCUCUAGUUGGAAUAAACUCGUUUGGUUUUGGAGGUGCGAAUGCCCACACUUUACUCUGUCGGAAUUUGAGAGAGAAGAAGCGUUACGGACUUCCAAGUGACGAUAUCCCUCGAUUACUAGUAUGGUCAGGCCGAACCAAGAAAGCGCUUCAGGAUAUGUUCGACGCAGUUGCGUCAAAACCACUCGAUGCCGAGUUUAUUGGCCUGUUGCAUAACAUUCAGCAAUACCCCAUCACAGGUCAUCGAUAUCGCGGCUUCGCAAUUUGUGACAAAAACGGUGACAAACCUACGACAGUACAGAGCAGUUAUAUCGAUCGAGUUAAACUAGAACAGCUACCUUUAGCAAUAGUUCUUGGAGGAAUUAACGUCCACUGGAGAGAGCAGCUUGAGUCGCUAAGAAGGUUUGAACGAGUGGAUCUCACCCUAACUCAGUGCAUCAAAUAUCUGUUGACCCUUAAGUUUGACCUCAUGAAGAUUCCAUCCGAACGCCAGUUGAUCCUGUACGAUAUGGUCGGAACAUCGGUACUUCAGCUAGCGACUGUCGAUUUGCUGACGUCGAUCGGUGUGGAGUUCGACUACUACGGAGGACAUUCCGUGGGACAGUUUACCUGUGCCUACAUCGAUCGAUGCUUAACGUUGGAAGAAGUCAUUACUCUGGCCCUUUGGCACGGACUGGCGUACUCAGAAUGUGAAGCACUAUGCGAAGGAUCCGUUUUGGUGCGGAUGCAGUCGAAGGUGAAUCAAUUUUCUUCGGAAUCCAUCGAAUGGAACGAUGACGGUUCUUUCGCGGUACUCAGCGACAGUGAGUCGGCAGUUCUGAACAAAAUUCAGAAAUUCAAGGUUACCGAGGUCAUUACCGAGACCCUUCCUUACUUAAGUUUGCACUUUGAUUCAGCCAAAAACCUUCAACUCAGUAAUAGACUCCAGCAAACGAUUAACAACAACAUGUACAAGUUUAUGAACAUUACUAAAAAAUGGUUCACAGUUACGAUUCCGAAGACCAGUGGCAUUUUCCAUUCUGUUAAAAUGCACAACUCUGCUUCGAUCGUCAAUCUGCUUAACAACAUCCCGAACCACAGUCUACUACUGGAGUUGGACUUUGGAGUAUCUUGUCAAAACGUUCUCAAGGUUUUGAAUCGAAAGCUUAACUUUCUCUCUCCGAAUGUAGAUACGCCUGAUGUCAUAAGCCGGUUUCUCAACGUCAUCGGACACCUCUACAUGACUGGACGCAACUUGGACAUCGCUAAACUUUACCCGGAAGUGCAGUUCCCGGUGUCUCGUGGCACUCCGAUGAUAGCGCCCCUGAUCGAUUGGGAUCACCGCGAGACGGCGUAUGUUAUGACCUACUGGGAAGGUACGGCCCAGUACGGAAUGCUCAGUUUCAAGAUCUCGCUAAACGACGAAAUGUACAAAUACAUCGAAGGGCACUGCAUCGAUGGGCGGGUUCUGUUCCCGGCUACCGGUUAUCUGUAUCUGGUAUGGGAGGUCAUGCUGAGCUUGUCACAUUUGGCACUGAAUGACUUUCCGAUCCAAUUCGAAGAUGUCCGGUUCCUGAGGGCUACCUCCUUUGCCAAGGGACAGACAGUGACCCUGGAAGUGCGCAUAUUGGAGUCUUCCGGAUUUUUUGAGAUUUUGGAGGGAGAAACUGUCGUAACCACGGGGUACGCCAAGCGCCUACCUGGUGAUUGGGAACCUCCCCGAAUUAGUGAUGGCCCCUCUAGAGCUGUUGCUUUGACUACCAGAGAUUUCUACAAGGAGCUUCGACUACGAGGCUACCACUACGGUGGUCUGUUCUGAUCAGUAUUGCAGGCUCGCAUUGAUGGAACGCAGGCCAAGCUGCAGUGGCACGGGAAUUGGGUAGCUUUUCUUGACUGCUUGCUGCAGGUUGGUUUGGUGGCCCUGGACACUCGCUCGCUGAUGGUGCCCGUAUCACUGGACAGAGUCUCUAUCCAUCCCAACAAGCAUUUGAAACUGAUGGAGUCUAGCGAUGAGAUAGAUUUCUUCACCAUGAAACACUGUGAAAUAACCGGUACCGUGGUUUGUGGUGGAGUUGUUAUGACUGUCCCACAAACGAAUACCAUUGAACGGCGGAGUCCACCGGGGAAUCCAGUUCUUGAGAGGUACCGGUUUGUACCCUAUCACUCGACCAGCAAGGUUUCUGUCGACGAGGCGAUUCGAUCAUGUGUUCAAAUUGCUCUGGAGAAUACUGGUCUGUUCAGUCUUAACGUGGCAGAAAUCCAUCACCCCAGCCUUCCGGUGAUCGUGGAUUUGUUUGGGAAAGCAGUCGUAGAUAUUCCACUGGUGAAGUCUAGCCUUUCACUUCUUACGAAAGCAACAGUCGAAAUUGAAAACGUUACGAUCGUUACAGAAAGUAUAGUGAAUCAAAGCAAUUUCCUGUUUGUCGUAGCACAGGCCGAUCCAUCGGAUUCAACUUAUCUGGGAACACUUUCCACAGCGUUGGUAGACAAUGGAUACCUGCUUCUUCGACAACCGGUUGAUUUCAAGAAGUCAAACACCCCAGAUGGAUUUCAUUUGCUAGCAACAUUCUCGGUGGACACGAAUGAAGUUUUGAUCCUGCUUCAACGCAAGGCCAAGUUCACAACCGAAGCACUAACUGCUGUCCAGGUUACUUCCAACUGUAUCGAAUGGCUGCCUCGAUUGAAGACGUUGAUAAAAUUGAAACCUGUCGUUCUCUUCAGUCAAAACGAUCCCACUUCUGGAAUUGUUGGCCUUUUGAACUGUAUUCGUCGAGAGCCUGGUGGCCAGAAUGUAUGUGGUGUUUUCAUAGAUGACCCAAAAGCACCACCAUUCGAUCCAAAAGACUCUUUUUACCAAAAACAGCUGUCACUAGGUCUAGCCGUCAACGUGCUUCGUGAUGGUGUCUGGGGUAGCUAUCGACAUGAACUUCUGCAGAAAUCCGUUCAUAACGAAGCAGUGCAGAACCAUUGCUACGCGAAUUGUUUGGUGAGGGGAGAUCUAUCGUCAAUGUCAUGGUUUUCGGGAGCUCUCAACGAACUACCAAGUGUUCCGAAUAUGGUUCGGGUUAUGUAUAGUUCUCUGAAUUUCCGAGAUGUAAUGAUCGCCACCGGAAGACUUUCUUCGGAUAUGAUGGAUCUUAACCGGCUAGAAAAGGAAUGUGAGCUGGGCUACGAAUAUUCAGGUGUCGCUGAGGAUGGUCGACGAAUAAUGGGCGUGUUAGCUUCCGGUGCAUUAGCUACAAUGGUCAACCACGAUCCCCACUUAACCUGGGAUGUUCCUAAAGAAUGGAGCUUAGAAGAAGCGGCAACUGUGCCAGUGGUUUACGGAACUGUUUAUCUAGCAUUUUUCAUGUGCUCCAAUAUCAAAAAUGGAAGAUCGGUUCUCAUCCACGCUGGAAGCGGUGGAGUAGGUCUUGCAGCCAUUCAAGUUGCAUUGAACUAUGGUUUGGAAGUCUUCUGCACAGUGAGCACCGAGGAAAAGAAGGCAUAUUUGCUGCGGACGUAUCCAGGGCUGAAACCGCAAAAUAUUGGCAACUCUCGGGAUACCUCGUUUGAGCAAAUGAUCAAAGUUCGAACCGGCGGAAGAGGAGUGGACUUUGUACUGAACUCUUUGUCCGAUGAGAAAUUACAAGCAUCCAUUCGUUGUUUGGCACCGAGAGGUCAUUUCCUGGAAAUCGGGAAGUUCGAUAUGGCAAGAAACUCAAAACUAUCCAUGAGUUUGUUCCAGAAAGGAUUGACCUUCUCGUGCGUUAUGUUGGAUGCCUUGUUCACGGAGGAUUCCCACCGGAAACAGAACUUCCACAAGGUAUUCGCUGAAGCGCUUGCUUCCGGUGUCAUCAAGCCACUGAGAACGACGGUAUUCGAAGCAGUGGAGCUGGAAAAAGCCAUCCGCUUCCUAGCCACUGGAAAGCACAUUGGUAAAGUGCUGCUGAAAAUAAGGGAGCAUGAAUCCGACACACUGACGGUGCCCAUCUCGUACAUCCCUCGAAUUUACUGCAGCUCCGAUAGGGUUGCCGUGAUCGUCGGUGGACUCGGUGGAUUCGGGAUGGAACUUGCCGAUUGGUUGAUCAUCCGUGGGUGUCGAAAGCUGGUGCUGAGUUCGAGCCGAGGCGUUAGCUCAACUUAUCAGGAGUACCGUAUAGAAACUUGGAAAAAGUAUGGAGUUGAGGUCACGGUUUGCACAGCUGACAUAACAACGGAGCAGGGUUGUCAGGAUCUGCUGAAACAGGCUUGCUCCCGGGGAGAGGUUUGGAGUAUUUUUAACCUAGCUGUUAGACUUCGGGAUUCGAUUUUAGAGAAUCAAACUUCGAAAAAGUUCGACGAAUGUUUAGCACCGAAAGCCAAGGCAACAGAGUACCUGGAUAAGUGGAGUCGAGAUAUGUGCCCCCGAUUGAAGUAUUUCGUAGUGUUUUCUAGUGUAUCCUGUGGAAGGGGGAAUGCCGGUCAGAGCAACUAUGGUAUGGCAAACUCUGUUAUGGAGCGUAUUAUCGAACGAAGACAUGCCAAGGGAUUACCGGCCAAGGCUAUACAGUGGGGAGCUAUUGGAGAUGUGGGACUGGUUGCAGAUAUGGCCGAAGAGAAGAUCGACCUUGAAAUAGGUGGCACAAUUCAGCAGCGUAUUACUUCGUGUCUUAAUGAGAUGGACACCCUUUUAGCUGUUGAAGAUCCAGUUGUGGCUAGCAUGGUUGUUGCUGAAAAACGUGUCGGUUCCAAAAAUAUAAUUGAAGCUGUGAUGAACAUCAUGAACAUUCGGGAGCUGAAAUCGAUUUCGAUGGAGAGUACCCUGGCAGACAUCGGAAUGGAUUCUCUUAUGGCGGUAGAAAUCAAACAGGUGCUAGAGCGAGAAUUCGAAUUAAUACUGGCACCACAAGAUUUGAGAACGUUGACAUUCUCAAAACUGCAUAAUGUUUCCGAAGCAAAGAAACUGAAAGCGGAAGCCGGAUCGUCUACAGAGAGUACUGCUGGAAUGCAACUAUUGUUGAGGAAUCUCGGCAACGAGAAGGAAAGUGGCUGCACAGUGCUUAAGCUUCCGUCUGCCAAAAGUCAGGGACGUCCGAUUCUAUUGAUCCCAGGUAUCGAAGGCGUAGCGGGUAACGUUUGGCAUUCGGUGGCAGAGAAAGUUGAAGCUCCCGUUUUUCUGCUACAAUCCAUGAAAACGGUAGACUGUGAAAGCGUCGCAGAAAUGGUAGACUGCAUAUUCGCGGAGCUUUUUGAAACCGUGUUUGACGAGUACGAUAACUUUGUCAUCGUGGGAUACUCAUUUGGGACACUUCUAGCUAUGACCUUGGCUAAGCGACUCCAAGAAAAGGGAAUGUUUGGAAAACUCUUACUUCUGGACGGAGCACCCAAACAGCUUAAGUUGCUAGCAGCCGGUUCGUUCGGAGAAAUGACUACAGAUCAUCAGAUUCAAACCAACCUCAUGAGCAGCGUUCUUGCUACGGCCUUUUCAAGUCUUGCACUUGAUAAGAUGAAAUCGAUUCUAGAAGCUCCCUCAUUCAACGAACAAAUAGAAAAGUUGAUCGAACUGUCAACAAAUUUGACUCACUAUUCACCAGAAUAUACGCGAAUCAUGCUGCAGGCUUUGUACAGACGAAUAAAAAUAGUUCUUAAUAUAAAUUUUGACGAAUUCAAGCAACUGGACCUGCCAAUUGUCUUGGUUAGACCGACGGAGAUUACCUAUAAGGCCAUCGAAAAUGACUACGAUUUGUCGCAGUAUACCAAAGAAGAAGUUUCGGUGCAGAUCCUGGAAGGCAAUCAUAUGACCAUACUGGAAAAUCCAAUUCUUCCAGAUGUCAUCAAUCAGUUAAAUGUGUAGAGAACAAUAAACGAACAGUUCUGAAAUAAGGAACAAAAUUGAUAA